AUUCAAUUUCGAAACCGAAACCGAGUUUCUAGCCCUAAGUCGUGUCAAGUGUCAACACCGAGUCUCCAUUCUCCGCCGCGCCUCUGUGCCUAAGGAUAAAUUUAUACUCUGCGCAGCUGAUUUGACGGUGAAAAUCGAUUAUAUGAAAUAAGAAUUGUGCAGUCAUGGGAACUGUUACUGUUGAAAGACGUGCAGAAGCCGUUGGUUCAAACUCAAACAGGACUGAGAAGACUUCUGAAACGACUCAUAAGCGGAAAAGUAAGCGGGAAAGAAAGAAGAAACAGUCAGAGGAGGAGAGGGGAAAUGCACUGAUGAACAAUGAUAAUCAUAAGGCUGAACAAAAAGAUGUCACCAAGUGUAAUUCUUCACAGGGAGAGAAAAUAAUUAAGGAUGCAGGAAAAGAGGCCAAAGAAGAUAGCAAAACAUCAAGAAGAAAGGGAAAGAAGAAAGAGAAGAACGGUGCUUCUGAAGCCGAGGGAUCACAAUUGAUGAAUAUGGCAGAUCAAUCUGCUGUUAGUGCUGGUGAUAAUUCUAUCAUACAAAGAGUGGAAACAAAUGUUAAGGCCGAUGCAACUAUGUCUAAAACACGGAAUCCUAAAUCUAAGAAAAGGAAGAGGAACAAGGCCAAAACAAUGGAAGUCAGCGACUCAUCAGCAGCCAACAAGGACAGCGGAUCCGCACAGACUUUGUUAGAAUGUUCAAAUGGAGAAGAUACGGGAAAUAAUGACAGGAAUACUGAUCAAGAAUUUGCGUGUAAGGAAUCAGGAAAUCAGAUGGAGAAUUCAGAAACUGCGGAGAAAAUUGGUGUUAAGAAUCUCAGAAGGGCUAAGUUAGAAAACAGAGAAGAUGAAAACAGUAAGGGUAAUCAGGAUGGUGAUGGAGCAGAAGGUGCUGGAACUCUAGGGGACAAAAAACAGAAGAAGAGAAGCAAAAAGAAAAAGCAUAGUAAAGAUAAUGGAACCGCAAAUGUGGAGAGCAAGGAGGAAAUGGAAGUAAAAACAAAUGGAGUAUCCAUUUGUGGAAAGAGCUCGGUGAAGGAUGAAGAAAGGGAGGUCGACUCCUCAUUGCCUAGUUGUGUUGAUGGGCAGGAUAAUGUGGCACAAGGAGUUGUUCCCGGAGAGAUUGUGGAGCAGUUACCUAGAUGCAAAUGUCAUGAUCAAUGCAGCAAAAAGCUUCUUGUACUAGAUUUGAAUGGAAUUCUUGCAGAUAUUGUCCAGGGUUAUGAUGGAAAAAUUAGCCCAGAUGGUCAAGUCUCAAAGAGGUCAGUUUUCAGGAGACCCUUUCUUGCCAGGUUUCUUGAGUUCUGCUUCGAAAGAUUUGAUGUGGGGAUAUGGUCGUCAAGACGCGUUGGAUUUGGUACCAUAAUCAACAUAGUGAUGAGAGAUUUCGCGGACAGGCUACUCUUUCGUAUGGGUUCGAAGUUAUGCAUUCAAACAAAGUUCAAAACUCUGGAAAAUAAGAAAAAGCCUCUGGUUUUGAAGGAUCUGAGAAGAGUAUGGGACCGUUACGGCACCUGUCAAUCUUGUGGAAAACGGAAGUACGAUGAAACCAACACCUUAUUAAUCGAUGAUUCUCCGUAUAAGGCCUUGUGUAAUCCUCCACAUACUGGGAUUUUUCCACACACUUAUCAGCACACAGAUCGCGAAGAUUCUGCAUUAGGACCUGACGGUGAACUACGUAUGUACCUGGAAAGAUUAGCGGACGCGGAAAACGUGCAGAAGUUCGUAGAGGAGAACCCGAUCGGCGAACCUGCGAUUUCUGAGUCGCAUGAGUCGUGGGAGUUCUACUCUACUAUCAUUCAGCAAUACACCCGACCCAAACCCCAAAAUUAAUUAUCCUUAAACGUGAUUAAUUCGGAAUUAAUCCUCGCCAUCGAAUUGCUAAUGAAGCUGAGCCAUGUUUUUGUGAGACUCCCUUUUAAGAAAACCCAUGUUUUCUUGUGUUUGUAACUUGCCGCUUUGAUAUAUGUUUUGUUUUGUAUCAUAUAAUUAUGAAUGCUCAAACACGAGCACUUGCCAUUAUUUA